AUGGAUUUCACCGGGCAAUACAACUUUGCCAACCCUCAGCCCUAUCACCAGUUCAUGCCGAUUCCUCCUCUGACGCCGUCGCACUCGCAUUCCGCCGGCUCCGAUGACUUCAAUGCAUCCCCGCCUGAAAACUACGACGCCCUCUCUGCCAGUCAAAAUGACCAGUUCCAGUCUUUCGAUUAUACCACAGCCCAAGGCUUCAAUGCAAACCCUCAUCAGCCUGCCUCUGGUUUUCCGGGCCCCCCGACACCUCCCGGCUAUGCUUCUCAGGCCCAAACCCAUCAACAGCAAGGAGGCUCAUUGAGGAAUGACUCUCCUGACGAGCAGUCCGUUGCCCGCGGAGGCAGCGAGGAGGACGAGAACCUAACUCCUGCUCAGUCUCGAAGGAAAGCACAGAAUCGCGCUGCGCAGCGUGCCUUCCGCGAGAGGAAAGAAAAGCAUGUUAAAGACCUCGAGGCGAAGCUUGCCGGCCUUGAGGCCGCCCAGCAACAAUCAUCCCUCGAAAAUGAACGUUUAAAGCGAGAUCUCCAGAAAAUAUCUACCGAGAACGAAAUCCUUCGUGCGACAUCCCGCAUGAGCCAUGGUUCCAUCUCUCCAGAGCCUGCAACCGGGCCUCUACGCUUCAAACCCACCGACUUCUACUCCAACGUCUUGCAGAACCACACAAAUAAGUCGCCCUCACACCGCAUUGUUACCUCAGACGAUGGUGAACGUCUCCUAGCUGCCGGUGCAACAUGGGACUUUAUCAUAUCCCACGAGUUGUUCAAGAAAGGCCUUGUUGAUAUUGCCGAUGUCAGCGAGCGUCUGAAGAACUGCGCUAGAUGUGAUGGCCAGGGUCCUGUUUUCUCAGAGCGUUCAAUCACCAAUGCCAUCGAACAGAGUGUCGCGAGCGGCACGGAUGAUCUUCUCUAA